AUGGUGACAUUCAAACUUCCCUUGUCUGUGCUUCUCUUAUUUCUUCAACUCAAUAUUUUUCUAUGCUCAGCAGAAGUACUAUACAUUCCAGUCACUAAAGACACAACAACGCUACAAUAUAUUACAGAAGUAGGUCAAAGGACUCCUUUAGUACCCAUAAAACUCCUAGUCCAUCUUGGUGGACGAAGCUUAUUGGUGGACUGUGACAAAGGUUACAAAAGUUCAACUUACAAAUCAGCUGUAUGUAAUUCCACACAAUGCUCGUUUGCCAAGUCACAUGCCUGUGGAGACUGCAUAUUCAAAUCUCAACUGCAGCCUGGAUGCAACAAUAAUACUUGCUACAUUUGGGGUGAAAAUCCCUUGAUCAAUUCGUUUCAUGACCGCGCAGAAAUUGCUGAGGAUGUAUUGACAAUUGGUUCUACUCCUGGUGUUCAUGUCACUUGGUCGCGGUUUAUUUUCACUUGCCUUCUUGAUCAAGAUAUGAUGAGACUCCUCGCGAAAGGAGUCACAGGAAUUGCAGGUUUUGGACGCGAAAGUCCAAUUUCCCUUCCCAAUCAACUUGCUUUAGACCCUAGAUUCACCAGGAAGUUUGGUCUAUGUUUGAGCUCAUCGACAAGAUCUCGCGGAGUUAUCUUCAUUGGUUCUGGUCCAUAUAAUAUUUACAAUCCUAAGAAGAUUGACAUCUCCAAAGAUCUUGUCUACACCAAACUAAUCGCAAACAAAAGGGGAGGAUUUGUGGCAUCUGAAGAGUACUAUAUCCAAGUUUCAUCCAUUAGAGUCGCGGGGAAAGACGUGCCACUAAAUAAAACAUUGCUAUCUAUUAAUAAGAAAAAUGGAGUUGGUGGGACGAGAAUCAGCACAGCGACACCUUUUACAAUUUUGCACACUAGCAUUUACGAUGCUUUUAAAACUGCUUUCAUCAAGGCUCUUCCGAAGAACGUGACCCUAGUUGAUCCUCCUAUCAAACAAUUUGGAGUCUGUUUUAGUUCCAAAAAUAUUAAAAGCACCAACACUGGACCAGACCUUCCCGUGAUAGAUGUUGUCUUGCACAAACCGAGUGCAUUUUGGAGGAUUUAUGGGACAAAUUCGGUGGUACAAGUUAAUAAGGACGUCAUGUGUUUAGCAUUUGUGGGACAAGACCAAACAUGGGAACCAUCAAUUGUAAUAGGAGGGCAUCAAAUGGAAGAGAACCUCUUGGUAUUUGACCUUCCUGGGAAGAACAUAGGUUUCAGCUCCUCACUCAAACUUCAACAAACAUCUUGUUCUAAGUACGAUAAUACCACUCUAGGCUAG